UUGGUGCUGACGCAACAACAACGCUAGACUUCACUCUGGAGAGUGCAAGCAAACACACACACACACACACACAAACUCUUCUGAUUCUCAAAUAACAAGAGCGUUGGAAUGCAAAUUGCAAUGCACAAUCGAUUCAAUUUUGAUUUCUGAAUUCCGAGAAUUCCGCUGCUGAAUCCUCAAUCUCACUCUGCUUCCGUCGCGGAGGCGCGCGCCACCGGACGCCGAGUCCUCUCUCCGCCUUCGUCGACAACGACGUUAAUUUUAAUUUGAUGGAUUCCAAUAACUGGAGACCUAAUCAGGGUACUGAACCCGCUAUCGCCGCGGGUGAUUGGAGAGCUGAACUCCCACCUGAUUCACGACUAAGAGUUGUCAACAAAAUAAUGGAAACAUUACAAAAACAUCUUCCGCCUAAUAAUUCUACGAGACCAGAUGAACUUCGAGAUGUUGCUCAAAGGUUUGAAGAGAAGAUUUUUACUGGUGCAACAAGCCAGAAUGAUUAUCUACGGAAAAUUUCUAUGAAGAUGCUUACAAUGGAGACUAGAUCCCAAAAUGCCAUGGCCAAUAAUAUGCCAUCUAAUCAAGUUGGCUCUAGCAGUAACCCUCCUGAUCAAGGACUCAUUUUGCAGCAUCAAGUUCAUAAUCCAGGGCAGCAACAUUCUAUUCCUUUGCCUAGUCAGGCCCAUCAACAUCAGGAGCUUUUAUCUCAAAACAUUCAGAAUACCGUUGCACCUCAACCUAACCUUCCACCAAUAUCUAGCCUAGCCCAAACUUCCAGCCAAAAUAUUGGUCAGAAUUCCAACGUACAGAAUAUACCUGUUCAAAAUUCAGUUGGUAGCAGCGCUAUUAUAGGCCAGAAUUCCAACAUACAAAAUAUGUUUUCUGGUUCUCAGAGGCAAAUUGCAGGCGGGCAGCAGGUUGUUCCCCAACAGAAAGCGCAGAAUCCACAACAGUAUAUCUACCAACAGCAUCAGAUUUUUAACCAUAAGCUCCAGCUGCAGUCUCAGCCACACCCCCAACAACAGCAGAACCUUCUGCAAUCAAAUAAGCAAUCUAUUAUGCAGCCUUCCAUGAUGCAAACAUCUCUCCCCAGCCUUCCACAGAAUCAACAAUCUAAUAAUGUUCAACAGUCAACACAGUCCAUGCUUCAGCAACAAGUUUUCAGGCAUCAGCAACAACAGGCUUCUACUGUUCAUCAGCAACAAACAUCAAUGACUCCACAACCGAUCUUGCCUGUGCAGCAGCAGCAGCAACAGCUUAUGGGGCCUCAGUCAAUUGCAACAAACUUGCAACAACAAGCUCAGAUGUUUGGACCACAGAGCAAUGUUGGGGACAUACAGCAACCACAGAGGUUACUUUCACAGCAGAAUAAUGUUACAAAUUUGCAACAACGCCAGCAACAUAAACAGUUAAUAAAUCAGCAAAACAAUCUGACAAGUAUACAUCAGCAGCAGCUAGGAAAUAAUGUCCCUGGGUUACGGCAGCAACAGCUGCUUGGACCUGAAUCUGGAAACCCAGGCAUGCAAACAAGCCAUCACUCUGUACACACAGUACAGCAACCAAAGGUCCCAAUGCAGCAACAAUCACAACAAAAUGCAUUGCCAUCUCAUGGGCAGCAAUCACAGCCACAGGCUUCAGCGCAGCAAUUAAUGCCACAGAUGCAACAGCAAUUGGGUCUGCAGCCGCAGCCAAAUCACUUACGAGAGAUACAGCAAAGACUUCAAGCAUCAGGGUCUUUACUUCAGCAAAAUGCUUCUGAUCAAAAUAAAAAAUUAUAUGAAUCUCAAAGAGCUCUUCCAGAAUCAUCAACAACUUCUUUGGAUUCGACAGCACAGAUUGCACAGCCAAGUGGGGCUGAUUGGCAAGAAGAAGUGUACCAAAAGAUCCAAACCAUGAAAGAAAAUUACUUCACAGAUGUGAGCGAAUUGUACCAGAAAGUUGCUUUGAGACUUCAGCAGCAUGACUCUCUUCUCCAACAACCGAGCUCAGAUCAGAAUCAGAUUGAAAGACUGAGGAGAUAUAAAAUGAUGUUGGAGCAUUUUAUGACAAUCCUACAGAUUUCCAAGAACAGUAUUUCACCUAGUAUGAGGGGUAAAACAGAUUCAUAUGAGAAGCAGAUUGUAAGUAUCCUCAGUCAACUUAGGCCUAGGAAAGGCAUGCCUUUGCUGCAGUCCGGACAGCUUCCCUCAACUCAUAUGCCUUCCAUGCCACAGCCACAGUCCCAAGUUACACAAGCACAGCCUCAUGAUAAUCAAAUAAACUCUCAGUUGCAGCCAUCAAAUAGACAAGGCUCUGUAGCAACAACACAGCAGAAUAAUAUUUCUGAUUUGCAGCACAACUCAAUAUCUGGUGCAUCAACCGCACAGCAGAGUAUGAUGAAUUCGAUGCGACCUGGUACUAAUUUAGAUUCUGUGCAAGGAAAUUAUGUUAACUCCCUGCAGCAGGUUCCAGUGAGCUCCCUUCAACAGAACCCUGUUAGUACUCCUCAACAAAAUAACUUCAAUUCCUUACCAUCACAAGGUGGGGUAAAUGUUAUCCAACCGAAUUCAAAUACCCUUCAGUCAGGUUCCAGUAUGCUUCAAUACCAACUGAAACAACAACAGGAACAGCAAAUGACGAUUCCACAGCUCAAACAACAAUAUCAGCAGCAACAGUUGAUGCAGAGGCAGCAGAUCCUACAGCAGCAGCAGCAACUACACCAGCAGCCUGCAAAGCAACAGAUGUCUGCACAAUUGCAGUCACAUCAAAUGACUCAGCUUCACCAAAUGAAUGAUAUGAAAAUGCGACAAGGAAUGGGUUUCAAGCAAGGGGUCUUUCAACAACAUCUUACCUCUGGUCAACAACACUCAGCUUAUUCCCAUCAAAAGUUGAAACAAGGGAGUUCGUUUUCUGCUUCUUCACCCCAACACCUUCAGGCUGCAUCUCCUCAGAUUUCACAACAUUCAUCUCCACAGGUUGACCAACAAAAUAAUCUUCCGUCUCUAACAAAAGUUGCAACUCCUCUACAAUCUUCUAAUUCACCUUUUGUGGCCCCUACUCCUUCACCCCCUAUGGCUCCAUCACCUAUGCCAGCUGAACCUGAGAAGCCCAUUUCUGGUCUUUCGUCAGUAUCAAAUGCUGCAAAUGUUGGAUAUCAACAAACAGGCAGUGCAGCAGCACAAGCACAUUCCCUUGCCAUUGGGACGCCGGGGAUAUCCGCCUCUCCUUUGUUGGCAGAAUUCAGUGGUCCAGAUGGUGCUCCUGUUAAUGCUUUAGCAGCUACUCCUGAGAAGUCAACUACAGAGCAGCCUCUUGAGCGCCUAAUUAGAGCGGUGAAAUCAAUGUCAACUGCAACAUUGACUGCUGCUGUCAAUGAUAUUGGUUCAGUUGUCAGUAUGAAUGAUAGGAUAGCAGUAUCAUCUCCAGGUAAUGGAUCCAGAGCAGCUGUUGGUGAGGAUUUGGCUUCCUUGAUUAACUGUUGUGUUCGGGCUGGAAAUUUUAUUACUCAAGAUGAUAACAAUGGAAUUAAGAGGAUGAAGCGCUGCACCGAGGCUGUACCCUUGAAUGUUGUAUCAUCUUCUUGUAGCAUGAAUGAUAGUGUCAAGCAGUUAAGUGCUUCAGAGGCUUCUGAUCAAGAGUCAACUGCAACAUCAAGUAUCAAGAAGUUGAAGGUUGAGGUGAAUCAUGCACUUCUGGAAGAGCUAAGGAAAAUUAAUAACCGACUCAUUGACACUGUAGUAGACAUAAGUGAUGAAGAUGCUGAUCAAACUGCAGUUGCUGAAGGGGCAGAAGGAACUGUCAUCAAGUGUUCUUUUACUCCUGUGGCUUUUAGUCCGACCUUGAAAUCCCAAUAUGCUUCAGGGCAGAUGUCAACUAUUCAGCCCCUGCGUUUGCUGAUUCCGCCAAAUUAUCCAAAUUGUUCUCCCAUACUUCUUGAUCAGUUUUCAUUUGAAUCCAGUGGGGAGAAUGGAGAUCUUUCAGUGAAGGCAAAGCUAAGGUUUAGCAUAUCCUUACGUAGUUUAUCGGAACCGAUGUCCCUUGGGGAGAUAGUGAGGACUUGGGAUGCUUGCGCUCGCAGUGUUAUCUCUGAGUAUGCACAACAGAGAGGUGGGGGAAGCUUCAGCUCUAGGUAUGGAAGCUGGGAUGCUGUUUCAUGCUGACCUAGUUUUGGCCUAGAAGUCCUUGAACAUUCUGUUUUUAUUUAUAUGAACAGUUAGAUAAAAACCUUUUUAUGAAGUAACAUGCCAUGGAGUUUUUCCAAUUUAUACUCCGUGGCAUAUCUUUAUAUUUAUCAAAGGUAAUACUGGAUUUAAUGGUUA